CUAUUACAUCCUUAGUUAUAGCAAAAAUGCAGAAAAUAAUAAUUUUUAUUUUCCUUGCCACAAUAGUAUGGCAAAUCAAUGCUCAGAAGUUAUCUGGUGCAGAUUAUGCAAAAGCUGUAGAUAUACUUAAAAGUGGCCUAAGUCAAUUGAGUGAAAAAGAUGGUCCUAACUUUACUCUAAGUGGUGUCGAAGUUGCCUUUAAAUUUAUACCACACAUAAUUUAUAAUUUUGAUACGGAACUUUUGCUGCCAACUGGUAAUUUCGAUUUAUGUACGGUGGAAGUUUCGCUAAGUCAACUUAAUGACAAACAAACUUUAGUUGUAAUCAAUUGUAGUGGCAAGGAAAUGGUUAGAAAGGUUAUUCCAGGAACCAUUGAAAUUUAAAAAAUUAUAAAUAAAAUUGUAUACUUACAAA